AUGACCAGCUCUAGCUGGGAGCACCGGCUGGACUCCCCGUUCCCAUCGGGCCCUUCCACCAGCUCCACAGAGGCCCCAGCUGUGGCUGAGCCCACUGGGCAGGGCCCCAAGAACCCUCGUGUGUCCAGUGUGACGGUCCAGCUGGAGAUGAAGGCUCUGUGGGAGGAAUUCAACCAGUUGGGCACAGAGAUGAUUGUCACCAAGGCCGGCAGGAGAAUGUUUCCCACCUUCCAGGUGAAGAUCCUGGGCAUGGACACGCUGGCUGACUACGCCCUGCUCAUGGACUUCGUGCCUCUGGAUGACAAGAGAUACAGGUACGCCUUCCACAGCUCGGCCUGGCUGGUGGCAGGCAAAGCGGACCCGGCCACACCCGGCCGCGUGCACUUCCACCCCGACUCGCCGGCCAAGGGCGCGCAGUGGAUGCGCCAGAUCGUGUCCUUCGACAAGCUCAAGCUGACCAACAACCUGCUGGACAACAACGGCCACAUCAUUCUCAACUCCAUGCACCGCUACCAGCCCCGCUUCCACGUGGUCUUCGUGGACCCACGCAAGGACAGCGAGCGCCAUGCCCAGGAGAACUUCAAGUCCUUCAUCUUCGAGGAGACCCAGUUCAUGGCUGUGACGGCGUAUCAGAACCACCGGAUCACCCAGCUGAAAAUCGCCAGCAACCCUUUUGCCAAGGGCUUUAGGGAGAGUGACCCGGACUCCUGCUUCAGGACUCUAUCUCCACGGCCCCUGCUCGGCGUCCCAGCCCGGAGCUGCAGCAGCCUCAGCUCCUGCCCCACAGAGCAGGGAAAAGGUUUGCCCUCAGGCCCACAGACACAGCGGGACCAGAGCCUGCACGAUCCCAACAAAGCUCCAGCCUCCACCUCCAGGACCCCUGCCCGGCUCCACCAUCAGCUGCUGGCGCCCCCUGAGGCUCUGCUGACCCCGGCCACCUACCGGCCCAUUACCUAUCAGGGCCUGUACCCCGGAGCCUCAAGCUCCCUCAGGAACCCAAGGGCCAGACCAACACCGUACCCUCUUCCCAAUCUCCAGGCUAACAGGGAUCAGGGGGGGCUGGCCCUCCCAGCUGGGCUGAGGCUUCUGUCCUCCACCACCAUGUGCCUGGGGCCUGGCCAGGACCCGUAG